AUGGCUGCUGCUAAUUGUGCAAGAAGAGCUUUUCAAAGCUUUACAAAGUCAUCAUCAGCACCACCAUCAUUUGCUUCUGGUGCAGCUAAGUUUGGUGGGUUUACUUCUACUGCUAAACCAACGUCUACACCUCGGUUUUUGAAAUCUACAUUUUCUUCAAGGCUUCCUGUGCUGGGUUGCGCUCAGUCGUUGAUGCCGUUACACAGUGUUACUUCUUCUGCAUUGCUUACUUCGAAGCUCUCUUUGAAGGCAGGAAAUUGGGCUUGGCUUUCGGAAGGCUAUAAUCAACAAAUGCGUCGUGCUUGGUUGGCUUAA